CAAAAAAAUUAAGAGAGCUUGCUGGAAUGGGCGAGGAAGAGGUAUGGGGGUUCAAGAACAUGGGAUGUUGGUAGACUUGGAUGUUUCAUCCAGUGUUAGUUGUUUAGGAUAUGUUGAACGGUCAACAUACGGUUGACCAGUUUGUGCUCGCUGAAAAUGAGGGAUAACUGGGUUUUUCUUCAGUUCGAUAAAAAUAAAAUAACGAUGGUUGUGGUAACGAACGAACCCUACGGUGAAACAGAACCUCUGUGCUGGAGUCCAAUAAAGAAAAAUAUAUCGGAUGAUGAAGAUGAGGCUGGUAAAACUCCUACGGUCGAACACGCUUACAGAAAUAUCACGAGUUCUAUGCAAGCAGACCCACUGGAGAUCUCAUCACCAAAACUAGCCCUCGACCUCCUAUCCACAGCCGUCAGACUGCAAAAUAUGCCCCUAGUCAAGCAAUGUAUAGAGAUAAUCGACAAACAACUAGACCCUUCGAUCCUAAUCAGCGUGAUCUCAAGACUAUCAGACUGCUCGUCUCGGAGCAGAGACAAUUUUGAACCUUCCGCACCACCCAUCAUCGAAAGCCAGAAUAGAGGUAACAUAGACUGGGUUCAAGACCUGAUAAACAACCUGAGGCACAACUGUCUCCUAGAAAUAGACAGGUAUGCCGAUGCCAUCCUCAAAGAUCUCUUCUUUUCGACGCUAUCCUACAACGAUGUUUUACAAAUCACCACUCGGGACAGCUUACAAGUGUCGUCGGAAACCGUUGUAUACAGUGCCAUUAUGAAGUGGGCUCACGCAGAAUGUUACAGGAGAACGUUGCAACCACAUUUACCGAACCUCAAGGCUGUGCUUAGGGAUCUGGUUCAUGCUCCUCGCUACGGUCUGAUGACCAAGAAGGAGUUCACUUCCAGAAAGAUCGACGGUGAGAAGGGACCAACCAAGAGCGGUAUUUUAGACGAGAAGGAAUGGAGGAGGAUACUUUUCUACAUUAGGGAGAAGAGCAAAAACCGUCCCGUGGAGGAACUACCAUUCAGAUGGUCCACACCAAGGAGCAUAGGGAGCGAGAAACCCAAACUGUUGAGUUCGAAGAGUGCGAGAAGAGCGUCCGACUGUCCAACCAAAGAUUUAAAUUGCAGAAACGAGAAUAGAUGUGAUAAAGUUUUCCUCAAUAUACUCACUUGUUGGACUGCCAUCUUCGAUUGAGUCAAGAUCUGCGCAGACAUCCUUCGAACUAUAUUCGUUGAUGAAUUCAAUGUGCCAUAUGGAAAAGGACCUUUUCCAGUGUUUCUGGCAUUUAUUUUUACCUAACAUUAAGGCUGUGUUAAGAAAUCUGAAGAAAAAGGAAGAAAAUUUGAAUCCUCGAAUAUUAUCGAUUCUAAAGUCCAAACAAUCAGUGGAAGAUUCAAUAGUUUUUAUAGGAUUCUCUAUAUCUCUGUAUACAUAAUUAUCUCUUUAUAUACUUCCCUACUUGAAAUACCUACAUCUUCGGUCCAU